UGCGCCGCCCGCUGCCUCCGAGCAGGUCGCCGCUGGCUGGCAGUCGCCACCCGGUCCCAGAGUAAAUAAGGGAGAGACACUCCCGAGCGCCGUAAAUAGAGUCCAAGUGGGCGGAGAGCCGUCCCGCGCCGCCCGCUCAUGUCUCUGCAGAGCCGACUGUCCGGCCGCCUGGUACAGCUGCGCGCGGCGGGGCAGCUGCUGGUCCCCCCGCGCCCCCGGCCCGGCCACUUGGCGGGUGCCACGCGGACCCGCAGCAGCACGUGCUGUCCCCCAGCGUUCCUGGGCGUGUUCGGCCGCAGCGCCCGGACCUCGGCGGGAGUUGGGGCGUGGGGGGCGGCGGCGGUGGGGCGGACAGCCGGGGUGCGCACUUGGGCCCCCCUGGCCAUGGCGGCGAAGGUGGACCUGAGCACCUCCACCGACUGGAAGGAGGCGAAAUCCUUUCUGAAGGGCCUGAGUGACAAGCAGCGGGAGGAACAUUACUUCUGCAAGGACUUUGUCAGGCUGAAGAAGAUCCCGACGUGGAAGGAGAUGGCGAAAGGGGUGGCUGUGAAGGUGGAGGAGCCCAGGUAUAAAAAGGACAAGCAGCUCAAUGAGAAGAUCUCCCUGUUCCGCGGCGACAUCACCAAGCUGGAGGUGGAUGCCAUCGUCAACGCCGCCAACAGCUCCCUCCUUGGAGGCGGUGGCGUGGACGGCUGCAUUCACCGGGCCGCCGGUCCCCUGCUUACCGACGAGUGCCGGACCCUGCAGAGCUGUGAGACUGGCAAGGCCAAGAUCACCGGCGGCUAUCGGCUCCCGGCCAAGUACGUCAUCCACACGGUGGGACCCAUCGCCUACGGAGAGCCCAGCGCUAGCCAGGCUGCCGAGCUCCGCAGCUGCUACCUGAGCAGCCUGGACCUGCUGCUGGAGCACCGGCUCCGCUCGGCGGCGUUCCCCUGCAUCUCCACCGGCGUGUUUGGCUACCCCUGUGAGGCGGCGGCCGAGGUCGUGCUGGCAACGCUACGAGAGUGGCUGGAGCAGCACAAGGACAAGGUGGACCGGCUGAUCAUCUGCGUGUUCCUCGAGAAGGACGAGGAUAUCUACCGGAGCCGGCUCCCCCACUACUUCCCCGUGGCCUGAGGCUCCCGCAGCCCACCCUGACCGGGACUGACCCGCCUUCGGGACCCCGCUCCCAGCUCUGAGAGGUCGCCAAAGCCUGCAGCUUGGCCUGGGCCCGGCCAGCCCUUCUUUCCCUCCGCGCCCCGCCCCUGAGGAGCCUAAUAAAGGUCACGCUGUGGCA